AUGCCUUUAGUACUAGUAAAUAUUGAAAAGGAAAGGCCCUGUGUGGCUUACAAAGGUUCCGAUAUCCAUAAUCGAACCACCCCAGCCGGAACUGCCGCCUCCACAGCGCUGUCGGGGAGCAGACCUGAAUCCCACCCGUGGAGACUGGCAGGCAAGCAGGAUGUCACGGACCUCACGGAAGGUGCCAAUGAAGCCUCAGCCUCAGCUCCUCCUGCAGCCAAAAGACUGAAAACAGACACCAAAGGAAAGAAGGAGAGGAAGCCCGCCGUGGAUGCAGAGGAGGCUCAGAGGAUGACCACCCUGCUGUCCGCCAUGUCUGAGGAGCAGCUGGCCCGCUAUGAAGUGUGGCGCCGGUCAGCUUUCCCGAGAGCACGCAUUGCACGUCUGAUGCGGUCUAUCAGUGGCAGCUCGGUGUCUGAGAACACGGCCAUUGCCAUGGCUGGAAUAGCCAAGGUCUUGGUUGGAGAGGUGGUGGAAGAGGCCCUGGACGUGUGUGAGAUGUGGGGAGAGACGCCCCCACUUCAGCCCAAGCAUUUAAGGGAGGCUGUUCGCAGGUUAAAGCCCAAGGGCCUCUUCCCCAACAGCAACGGCAGAAAAACCAUGUUCUUUUAG